GUCCGGCGAUUCUUCUAACAAAAGCGACAGCACGAUCGAUAUCGGUGUGAUCUCCAGCGGUAUUGCUGGAACCGCAGUGCACGUGGGACGAGGGAUCAGGAGCUUUACGCUGUUCGCGCCUGCGACCGCCGCAGACCAUAAACUGCAGUUCUGUGGCAUGCACGUCUUCACUAGCACCACUACAACAACCACAACUCACUGGGCAAAAAUGGUCUUGGAGAGAAAAGUGCAUCUUGUGGCUCAAACAAGGGAUCGAAACACCCAUCACUUCCCAUCUCCGUCGCAUCCCGCAAAAGUGCAGCUCGUUGCAGCUCUCCAAAAGGCGUUCCAGGCUGCCUUGAGGGAAGCCGAAGCGACUUAUUCAGGAGGCACCACUACGUCGAUGAACUUGGACACAACCAUUAUCAUGGGGGUACCCUUAGACCAACUCCACGUUCUGCAUUCCAGCUACGUAGAGUUCGAAAGCACUGACAGCAAGGGCGUUCCGUACGACGCAGGACAAGUGAUCGAUGACAGUGUUGGGGCUACGGUGCAUACGUUAUCCGCAACCAUCGUGUUCGAAACGGAAGAAGAUGGGAAGGAGCAACAGAGAAGGGAUGCUGUUGCAACCUUUAUGGCGAAGUAAGUGAUGUACAAUGAUGAUCAUAAAUUAUAAGUUCGUUCUUGCAAUAAAAGAAGAAGAAGAAGAUCACAUCAACCUACCCCUCUAACCUUUGGUUUGAAUCCCGCGAGAUGAAUCCAGUAGUAACUAAAAGGGAGGUUGCUGUUCCGACUAUGCAAGCGGGGGAGAUGGAAUAUUGGCGUGAUGAUAAAACCUGCGACCGACACUUACGGCUAGUUGUCAAUGAUAUAUUUACUCGAAAACUCAAAAUAACCGAGUUACUGACUGAAUAAAUAUGGUUCGUAGCUUAACAUGAAGGCUACCUCUCCUUUUCAUCUUCAGUAGCUCGGUUUCUCACUGAUCAGUUACUUGCUUAUUUCAGUGCAUCGAAUAUUCAGCUCCUGGCCCAAUGGAGACAGCAACAUUUGUCUCGGUUUUUUAGUCCUUCCUGGAGCUCUCUGAGACUCUCACAAUCAUGUUCACCUUAUAAGAGAUUAAUUAGAAUUACUUCGAACGCUAAUGCGCGCAUUCUUGAAGUCAGGCACAGACGAGGCAGGAGCAAAGCGUGCGUGUAUUCUGAGCCCAAAUUGCACUGCUGUUGUCUACCGCCCAGACACCUCGCAGGCGAUAGGUUGCUUAGAUGGAGCAAACUACGAUCACUCAGCAAACGCGAAAAGCUGGAGUAAGGUUAAUACGGAUGCGGACAGCUUCGACUACACCGACGACGUGACGGCUUUUUCGUCGUUCUUGCAUGAGAAAAUGCAACAAGAGCUGGCUAAUUGCGUUCCUCCUACAGGAACCGACCAAGACGUAACUCUACUGGCGUUGGAAGUCCCCAUGCAAUAUGUAACCAGUACAAGUACCUCGACAACGACA